UUGGUCCCUGGCAUGAAUAAGGCUAGAGAUUCUCUGAAAUGGGUUCUCUUGGAUUUCAUUCAUAGGUGCAAUGACUUGAGAUCCUUCAAGCAAAUUCAUGCACAUCUAUUGACUUCAGCCCUUGUUGCCAAUGAUUUGGUCGUCACCAAAGCUGCAAGCUUUUUUGGGAAACAUGUCACUGAUGUUCAUUACCCUUGCAAUUUCUUGAAGCAAUUUGAUUGGAGCUUGAGCUCUUUCCCUUGUAAUUUGCUGAUUUCUGGCUAUGCUGCUGGCCAGUUACCCUGGGCUGCAAUCCUGAUUUAUAGAUGGGCUAUAAGGAAUGGGUUUGUGCCUGAUGUGUACACUGUCCCAGCUGUUUUGAAAUCAUGUUCUAAGUUUUCUGGGAUUGCAGAGGUUAGACAGUUUCAUUCGGUUGCUGUUAAGACUGGCUUGUGGUGUGACAUUUAUGUGCAAAAUACUCUUGUCCAUGUUUAUAGCAUUUCUGGGGACAAUGUUGGUGCGGGUAAGGUGUUUGAUGACAUACUUGUGAGAGACGUGGUCUCUUGGACUGGUUUGAUAUCUGGGUAUGUGAAGGCAGGGUUGUUUCAUGAUGCCAUUGCAUUGUUUUUGAGAAUGGAUGUGGAGCCUAAUGUUGCAACUUUCGUUAGCAUACUUGGGGCUUGUGGGAAAUUGUGUUAUCUAAAUUUAGGGAAGGGGAUUCAUGGGUUGGCUUUAAAAUGUCCGUAUGGGGUGGAGUUGGUGGUAAGCAAUGCAGUGUUGGAUAUGUAUAUGAAGUGUGAGUCUGUGACUGAUGCAAGGAAAAUGUUUGAUGAGAUCCCUGAAAAAGACAUUAUUUCUUGGACUAGUAUUAUAGGCGGAUUAGUGCAAUGUGAGUGUCCCAAGGAAUCACUGGACUUGUUCUGUGAAAUGCAGGGCUUAGGUUUUGUGCCUGAUGGGAUUAUACUGACCAGUGUGCUUUCUGCUUGUGCCAGUCUUGGGCUUCUUGAUUUUGGCAGAUGGGUCCAUGAAUACAUUGAUAGUAGCCGCAUCAAAUGGGAUGUUCAUAUUGGAACAGCAUUGGUUGACAUGUAUGCAAAAUGUGGUUGUAUAGAGAUGGCGCAGCAUAUCUUCAAUGAAAUGCCUUCUAAGAAUAUCCGUUCUUGGAAUGCCUAUAUAGGUGGUUUGGCAAUAAAUGGACAUGGGCAAGAAGCAUUGAAACAAUUUGGAGAAUUGAUUGAAUCUGGCACAAGGCCUAAUGAGGUGACAUUUCUAGCUGUUUUUACGGCUUGCAGCCAUUCUGGCUUGGUUGAUGAAGGCCGUAGGUAUUUCAAUCAGAUGACAAGUCCCCGCUACAAUCUUACUCCCUGGUUAGAACACUAUGGAUGUAUGGUUGAUUUACUUUGCAGGGCUGGAUUGGUUGGGGAAGCUAUGGAGUUGAUAAAGACAAUGCCCAUGCCACCUGAUGUGCAGAUCCUAGGGGCUCUUUUGAGUGCCUGCAAUACAUAUGGAAAUGUUGGAUUCUCCCAAGAAAUGUUGAAAUCACUUGAGAAUUUUGAAUACCAAGAUAGUGGCAUAUACGUGCUUCUAUCUAAUCUGUAUGCAACUAAUAAGAAAUGGGCUGAAGUGAGGAGCGUUAGGAGAUUGAUGAAGGAGAAAGGAAUAAGCAAGACUCCAGGUUCUAGCCUUAUAAGGGUGGAUGGUAAGAGUCAUGAAUUUUUAGUUGGAGAUAAUAAUAGCCAUCCCCAAAGUGAGGAUAUUCACGUACUAUUAAACAUCCUUGCCAAUCAAAUCUACCUCGAGGGGCAUCUUGAUACCCUUUCUUGAUCAAAUAGAUUGGGAUGCGUUAUAAAGUUUCAUAAUAGGCUUAAUAGUUACUACUACUAGAGACCACCCCUUUUCCGGGUAAAGCACCGGGGUCACUCUUUAUCAAAUUAAAAGCUUAUGCAUUGAGAAGCAGUUCAGGAACAGGGUGGAUAGAUAGGUGCCUUUUUUUUAGUAGAUAAGUGCUUUU